AUGUCCCCGCGGGCCACCCGCCGCCUCCUGCUGCUCGCCGGGCUCGUCGCGGCGCUGGGAGUGUCGCCGGUGUCGCCGAUCCACGUGUACACCCCGCGGGAGGUGUUCGGCACCGUGGGCUCGCGGGUCACCCUGUCCUGCAGCUUCUGGUCCAGCGAGUGGAUCUCCGAGGACAUUUCCAUCACCUGGCACUUCCAGGCCGAGGGCUCCCGCGACAGCAUCUCCAUCUUCCACUACGCCAAGGGCCAGCCCUACAUCGAUGACGUCGGGAGCUUCAAGGAGCGCAUGGAAUGGGUCGGGAACCCCCGGCGCAAGGACGGAUCCAUCGCCAUCCACAGCCUGGAGCCCACCGACAACGGCACCUUCACCUGCGACGUCAAGAACCCCCCGGACAUCGUGGGCAAGUCCUCGCAGGUCACCCUCUACGUCCUCGAGAAAGUGCCCACCCGUUACGGCGUCGUGCUGGGCUCGGUGAUCGGCGGGGGGCUGCUCCUGGUGGCCGUGCUGGUGGCCCUGGGCUAUGCCAUCCGUUUCUGCUGGCUGCGGCGCCAGGCGGUCCUGCAGCGGCGCCUGAGCGCCAUGGAAAAGGGGAAGCUGCAGCGCUCGGCCAAGGACGGCUCCAAGCGCAGCCGCCAGGCCCCCGUGCUCUAUGCCAUGCUGGACCACGGCCGCGGCGCCAAGAAAUCCAAGGGCGCGCCGGGAGACUCCCGCAAGGAUAAGAAAUAGCGGUUGGAGAAGGGCACCGAGG